GAAAAGACUCCAACAGGUGAAUGGUAUGAUCAGAGGGGUCACACGGCGAUUUUUCAUUCGUGUAUCUUAUGACGGUACAAAAUACAGAGGGGUGUCUUUGAAUCAAAAUGUGAAAACAGUAGAGUCAGCGAUGUCUAAAUUUCUUGUGCAACUAUAUGGGAAUAAUUUUAAUCUAAAACCAACAAGCCGCACUGAUGCAGGUGUUCAUGGAGUAUCCAAUAUCAUGAAAUUAAUUGUCUAUGAUAAAAAAGCUGUUAUAGAUGUCAAACAACUGGCAUACUCUUUGAAUUAUCAUUUACAAAAACAUGAUGAAGAAAUCAGUGUACAAAACAUACAGGAAAUACCAUUCUACAGAUAUGGUGGAGAGUUUAUAAAACAACGGGUAUAUGUGUAUCGUCUGGCUGUUUUUAAGGAAUUACAGGUUCCAGUCUCGCAGGGAAACACAAUAGACAGUAUAAAAUGUAGUGCUCUCCCAAGGCAGGGGACGGGAGUUAUAUUUCACAACAAAACAUGCACAACAUUAAGUCCUCCAUUCUGUGUUGAUAAAUUGAUUGAAAGUGCAGAAAUACUGUCUGGUGUUAACAACAUUUACAACUGUACACCGGGGAUGGGACACAGAGAAAUGGAGAAGAAAACACAUGGCAAUAAAUCGUACAUAAGAGACGUCCAGAUAGAGGUGGGACGUGGACACCCUAUGCUGCUUGGACUCCAUCCUCAGUUAGCACAGCAACUGGAAUUCUGGGAAAUUCAGUUUAAGUCCCAUUCCUAUAUUUAUAAACAGAUUCGUCGCAUGGUGGGACUUAUGGUUGGGUAUGCACAAGGAGAAUACAGCCUAGAGCUUCUGAGGAGGAUUAUGUCUGGCCAGAUACUAUCAUCAGAAGAUAACACAGCGUUUUAUAGAGCAGCAGACACCCACACAAUGAUGCCUCAGGGACUAUUCCUACAGGACAUUGAAUGUGAUGAUGAAAGGAUGCUAGAAGAAUGUUCUGUGGACAAUCCAUAUAUCCAGCUUUUAGCCAAUAUAAGUAUUCUCAAGGACAUUUUGUUUGAAUGCAGUUCUAAUGAUAACCCUUCUACACUUCAAGAAUUGUCAAAAAUCUCCCAGUUAAAGUCAGAAGUACAGGAAUACGAUAAAGAAUCAUUGAAGCAGAGCCAUCUGUGUAAAAGAAGGAACUUUACCAGUGGUGUUUUGAUUCAGACAAAACUGGGUGUAGUCAAAGCACAUAUUAGUGGAGUACCCUGUAAAGUCUAAGGCAUUGUCUGAGGAGGCAGUAGGUUUGAACAUUGUAACUGGUGAUGACCAGGUAAGUGCUGAAACGAUUGAUGAGCCAGGGGAAGCGGAUAGUGUAGCAUCUGAUGAGCCAGAUGCUAGUGGAAUGGUGGAUGAUAUUGAUGAAG